AUGGGGUCAUCUAAGCAAAUUCCACAGGAGGAUGAUUCAGUGCAGAUGGAGAUACAGCCAACGGCGGGCGUCGGGGGCUCCGAAAGCAGCAAUUCCGGUGCGGAUGGCGUCAAGUCAGAAACCAAAGCAGCCGGAGCAGGGGUUCCGCCAAGCUACGAUUCUGUCCCGGAACCCCAGCAGCAAGCCGUUGCUCAACCACAUCCGCAAGGCCAAGGCAUAUCCGAUGCAGAAAUAAUACAGCCGUUCGCGGUCAGCUCCAAGGAUGGUGCCGAGUCGUUCAUGGACAUGAGGUUAGAUAGAGAUCCGGACUUUCUCGAGGCCAAUAUCAAAAUCUGGGCGCAAAAGCCACCAAGCUUUUACAUGCAGGUCCACGGAACCCACCGAGAAAGGCGCACGCGCAGAACCAACGGCCGCACCGAGACCUACACGGUCACCGUCACCGACUUCAACGUCGGCGUCCCCCUCCACGGCUUCCUGUUCGGGCAGCCCCGGCCGGGCCAGACGUCGCCGCCGCAGUCCUUCUCUUGGAUCCGCACCGUGGAAAACCACGAAAAGGUGCCCCGCGGCACGGUCCGGGCGCGCCAGGGUCCCAUGCCGGCCAAGGUCGAGGGCGUCGAGGAGCCGCCCAGCGAGGCGAUGCCCAAGCCGACGCUGCAGGAGUGGUGCCACCGGUACUGCGCCAGCUUCGCGGGCCGCAAGACGUUUGUCGUGGAGCGGCGCGUCGGCGGGCUGGACGUCGCGCGGCUCGAGGCCAACGCCAUGGCCAUCGUCCGCAGCACGGGCUACAGCGGCGACGUGAGCAUCACGUUCGACUCGUUUGGCACCGAGGUCGAGGUCCUCAGCAGUAACAAGAUAAACCAGUGGCGGCGGUUUACGUGGCUGCGCAUCGUCUGCUACGUUACUUUCCUGUGGAUAUUCACCUGGCCCUUUUUGUAUUUUUUUACCAAAAAGUUCCACUGCGUUUACGUCGAGUGGCCCUUCUCGCGCAUACGGAGCGACGGGCUCAAGGAGUACGUCUCGCUGACCGAGGAUCAGAUGCUAGAAGUGUGGGGGAGGGCAAUGUUCAACGCUGUGACGGCGCGCAGUACAGACGUUCUCAACCAACAAGAUUUGAUGACUGCCCAAGCUGCCGGUGGGGUGGGUUAUGGAAUGGGCGGUUUUGGAAAUAGCAUCAAUCAACAAUAUGGAUGGGGACGAGAUGGUUGGGGUGGAAGUUCUCUCUAA